AUCCAGCCGUCCACGGUCUCAGGCGGUCAGGCCCUCGAGCUAGAACACCUAUCGCCUCUUCAAAACUCCUCUCGCCCACCCGCGGCCUCGUCUCGCACGCACCCCUCAGAUUCCUUCUCAAUUCGGUUCGCGCACGAAUCCGCCCUGAGGUUCCAAACCCUAGCUUCCUCUCAUCCUCCACGAACCCUAGAUCCAAAAUCUAACCCCCGUCAUCCUCUUAUCGCCGUGCUUGACGCUUCUCUCUGCAGUCGAUACCGCCGCGGACCGCCCGGUUUAAUUCUCCUCUACCCGAGAUCUCGAGCCCGCAGGAAGGAUGGGAGAGGCGAAGGACAACGAGGUGUACGAGGAGGACCUCGUCGACUAUGAGGAAGAGGUGGAGAAUGUCGUCGACGGCGCCGCCACCAACGGCUCCGCAGAUGUCGUCAAGAAGGGGUACGUGGGGAUCCACAGCUCGGGCUUCAGAGACUUCCUGCUCAAGCCGGAGCUUCUCCGCGCCAUUCAGGACUGCGGGUUUGAGCAUCCUUCCGAAGUGCAACAUGAGUGCAUCCCUCAAGCUAUUCUUGGAAUGGAUGUCAUCUGUCAAGCAAAAUCUGGAAUGGGUAAGACUGCAGUUUUUGUCCUCUCCACUCUUCAGCAGAUUGAUCCUGUUGCUGGACAAGUAGCGGCACUCGUGUUGUGCCACACAAGAGAGUUAGCUUACCAGAUUUGCCAUGAAUUUGAGAGGUUUAGCAAAUACCUGCCUGAAUUAAGAGUGGCUGUUUUCUAUGGUGGUGUUCACAUAAAAAACCACAAGGAUCUGUUGAAGAAUGAAUGCCCCCAUAUUGUGGUCGGCACGCCUGGAAGGAUACUGGCUCUAGCUAGAGAUAAGGACCUUCCGUUGAAGAAUGUGCGGCAUUUCAUUCUUGAUGAAUGUGACAAGAUGCUUGAAUCACUUGACAUGCGCAGAGAUGUCCAGGAGAUCUUCAAAAUGACUCCCCAUGAUAAGCAAGUGAUGAUGUUUUCAGCAACACUCAGCAAGGAGAUUCGACCUGUUUGCAAGAGAUUCAUGCAAGACCCUAUGGAAAUUUAUGUUGAUGAUGAGGCUAAACUGACCCUUCAUGGUCUAGUUCAGCACUAUAUCAAAUUGAGUGAGGCAGAGAAGAACCGAAAAUUGAAUGACCUUUUAGAUGCGCUUGACUUCAACCAAGUUGUGAUAUUUGUUAAAAGUGUUAGUAGAGCUGCAGAACUCAACAAAUUGCUCUGCGAGUGCAAUUUUCCCUCAAUCUGCAUACAUUCUGGAAUGACACAGGAAGAGAGGUUGACCCGGUACAAGAACUUCAAGGAAGGACACAAGAGGAUUCUUGUGGCUACUGAUUUGGUUGGUAGGGGAAUUGAUAUUGAGCGUGUCAACAUUGUUGUGAACUACGACAUGCCCGAUUCUGCUGAUACGUACUUGCAUAGGGUUGGUCGAGCUGGACGUUUUGGUACCAAGGGACUUGCAAUAACAUUUGUUUCUUCUGCAUCUGAUUCUGAUGUUCUCAAUCAAGUGCAGGAGAGGUUUGAGGUUGACAUAAAGGAGCUGCCUGAGCAGAUUGACACUUCGACAUACAUGCCAUCUUGAUGAUCGGGGUGAAAUACUCAACGUUUAGUUGGAACUGGAAAAGAGAGUUUUGUUUCAAAUAUACAUCACCUUGGAGGGCCGUUGGAUAACACAUUAUUUGAAAGAUGAUCUGUACUUAAUCAGCAGUUUAGGUGAUUAAGCACGUAGGCUUCGCAACAACCAUGGUUGUUGGUGUUCAUGCUACCUAGGAUUUUAUUUGCAUCUCUAUUAUGUUUUCUAUGCUGAACUGCUAGUCUUUCUGUUUGAGACUGCCCUCUGGGUCCAUGUUUUAUUUGCUUUAGCUUUCGUUAUCAAUAGGAAUAUUAAACUUUAUAUCGUCAUUGGCCGUGUCAUGGGGUCCUGAUUAGGCAAAGUGAUACGCCUGUAUUUGAUUGUAGUUGUGAAGACUGCACAGCGCCGGUCGAGCCAGACUCAUACAAGAUAAGCUUUGUUCGAGUGCUCGUAUUCAUCCAUCGGCGUAGUAGAUAUGUUGUUUGGUUGUGUAUAAGACUGUUGCAUACGAUGAAAUGUAAAAUGUAUACGACAAAAGUAGCUAUUAUAUUUACAUAUUGUAUAUAAGUAUGUUCUAGCA